AUGGUUGAAACGGAACCCCCGGCAAACACCGGCAACGUUUUGCAGGCUAUGGCGGGAGGUGACAUUGACUGCGAGGGCUCUAAGCUUUACGAAGGUCUUGGUGGCAGCUGCGCUGAUGCCUGUCACAAAGUUGAACCGGGAACACCUACAGCACUUACCUUGAGGAGGUCUACCAGCACUGCCAAUAACGGAACUUGCAGUGGAACUUGCGGCCUUUUUGUCUGCGGCUGGCACUGUCAAGCCACCGGGGAAGAGUUGAAGACCGCCUACAAUGGCAUCCAUAGCAAGGGUCGUUGCGCUCACUGCGGACGAAGUGGGCUCAAAGAUGGCUGUAUGAUCAAGAUCGAUCGAGUGACGGUGUACUAA